AUGCUACGAAUAGCUGGCGCAUGCCGUAGCACACGCGCGGCCGCGGCUGUGCAGUCGGCCGCGGCGGUAGAUGACCUGGCCAGGUGCUUGCGGGGUGUGACGGGCAGCGCGAGCCACAAGGGCUCUGGCGCGUGGUCGGAGGAGGAGCUUCAGCAGAUAAGCAGCUCGCUCCAGUCGGCGUUCGAUCCCUCCGUUGGGGAACUGUUGCGCAAACAGGGGUUCGCUGUGGCGGACAAUGCUCUGCCCGCCCAUCUGGUCCCGAAAGUCCGGAACGAGAUACUCGGGAUGCACGCACGGUCGCUCAUGAAGCCCAACAGCACCCACCUCGUCGAGCGCGCCGAUGACUCUUCUGGGGGGACCAAAACCACGCUCCUCGAAAAACAGGGAAUCGCAGAGGCGGACGCGGAGCUCGCGGAGGUCAGGGACGCCAGCCCUCUGCUCUCACACCUAGCGCUAGACGCAACACUGCGCACCAUGUUGUCCCUAUACACCCCCCCGUACCGCUUCGACACGCACACCGUCAAGGCGCAGCGCAGCGCGGGCGGCGGCGCGUGCUUCCCCGUCCACUUCGACUCCAGCGCGGGCCUCGACGGCCGCAUCCUCACGGCGAUCGUGUACUGCAACGAUUCAUGGCAACCCGGUGACGGCGGGGAGCUGCGGCUGUAUCCCUGGCCGCGCGGGCCCGUGGACAUCCCGCCUGUCGCCGGCCGCAUCGUCGUCUUCCCGUCCAUGACCAUGCCACACAGGGUCCUUCCGAGUCGUGCGGAGCGCGUGUGCUUCUCGGUGUGGAUGGGCAAGCAGCAGACACCCCCCCCCGGUCCGCCGUCGAUCCCCCACAGGGACGACGGGUGGUCGAGCAGCCCCGCGCUGUGGCGCGCCCUCCUGGGCCAGCCCGCCGUGAAGGAGCUCGUGCUGAAGGCGCUGCUGGCCGAGGAGUGGGAGCGUUCCCUCGUCGAGAGCCAUCCGCCCGGACCGGGCCUCGACCGGGCCGUGGAGAAGCACCGCGCUGAUGUGGGGAGGAUCAACGUCGUGCUCGGCUGGGCCAUCGACAUGCUCAGGGAGGCGGGGGGGCCGGCGGGCGGCGCGGGGACCGCGGGGGGCGUGUGGGAGGCGCACAGGUGGCUGUGA